AUGAGCAGCAUCUACUGGACGAAAACUGUCUUCGGGCUUGGAGAAAAGCUCUCAGAUGAUGAGGAGAAGCUUAUCCGGCCCAUUGUAUGGGCUGCUGAGAAGGCCGCCAUGCUCAACAAUGACUACUGGAGUUGGGAUAUCGAGUACUUCCAAGCGAACCAGAAGAUCGACAUGCUAACCAACGCCGUCGCGGUCUUGAUGCGGAAAGAGGGCGUCACGGCCGAGGAAGGCAAGGAUCGCAUCAAAAACCUCAUUCUGGGGUACGAGGCUGAGUACUCUCAGCUGAGAGCGCAGUUCUACCAAAGCCACCCUUCAGCGCGGCUUUACCUGCGCAAGCGAGUCGAACUUGCAGGCUCGAUGGCGGCUGGUGUCAGUUUCUGGAGCGCCAACUCCCCUCGAUAUCACCUGCCAACGGACAAGCCCGGGUCAUCCGUUGUUCCUGUAGAGGUCAAGUUCGAGGAGAUGACCCUGAAAGGUUCUGCUGAAAGUGUUGCCAGCACCGAAAGCGAGAAUUCAAUGGACGAGAAUUCGGGAAGCGGUACUGAACUUACGAGCCAGAGCUCACAUUCAGACGACUUUAGAAAGCGUUACUUCGACGUCCCGAAAUUGGGCCCGGCGGCAAUCAACGAGCCCAUCGACUACGUCAGCGGCAUGCCGUCAAAAGGCGUUCGAUCGUCCCUAAUUGAUGCCAUGAACCAAUGGUGUCAGGUCCCAUCUGCACAACUGGCGGUAGUCAAGCGUGUCAUCGAUCUUCUCCACAACUCGUCGUUGAUACUUGACGACAUCCAAGACGAUUCGCCCAUGCGCCGCGGCAAGACGGCGACACAUUUGAUCUUUGGCGAAGCCCAGUCCAUCAAUAGUGCCACCUUCUUGUACGUGCGUGUCGUGCAAGAGGUCCAUGCUACUGGCAACGCCGCCUUGAUGAAGGUGCUCCUUGAGGAGCUAGAUGACCUGCAUGUCGGUCAAAGCUGGGAUCUGUACUGGAAGUAUAAUCUUAAAUGGCCGACAGAGGAGGAGUACUUUAGCAUGAUUGACCUCAAGACCGGCGGACUCUUCCGGAUGUUGGUGAGGAUGAUGCGCGCCCUCUGCCAUCCAGAGUCAAAUGAAGAGUUUGUCUGCGAUGAUCUUGUGUCCAUGGUCAGCCGCUUCUUCCAGGUCCGAGACGACUACCUCAACCUCAAUUCUCGGGAAUACAGCAACCAGAAGGGGUGGUGUGAGGAUCUUGACGAGGGCAAGUUCUCGUACCUCAUCAUCCACUGCCUCGAGAACAGCCCCAAGUAUCGCGACCGGAUUAUGGGCCUCUUCAGGCAGAGGACUGGAUGUUCAGGUCCGAUGCCCAGCGUUGGAAAGGUUCAGAUUAUCGAGUACCUGCAAGAAGCAGGAAGCUUCGAUGCCUGUUGGGAGCUGUUGAAUAAGUUGGAAGACGAGAUCGAGGCUGAGAUCAGGAGAUUGGAGGCCGUCACAGGGGAAGAGAACCCUCAGAUGCACCUUCUGCUCAAGCUUCUUAGUGUGAAGAACGAGAAGCCAAACAAGGGCGCCGUGAUUGUACCAUUAGGAGCGUAG